GUGUGUGCGUUGUUUUAAGGAUUCCAAAUUUUCUCUAUUGCGCACCCAUACGUACGCAUGCGGGCGUAUAGAUUUAUGUAUGCAUAAUAUAUAUGUCACAUGCUAUACAUGCCCCAUCGAUAAGGAAAAGUCGAUUGGUGGCAGCAUAUACAUUUAGGGCGAAUGCGGUCAUGAGGUGGAUCCGGCACGAUGGGAGCGAAAUAAAAAAUUGAGAGGAAGCGUGCAUGCGUGUGUGUGUAUGUGUGGUGUUGUGUCCGUGUGUGUGUGUGUGUGCUGGCAAUUCACUGUAGUGGCAGAGUGACGAGAUUGAAUGGAACAUUAAAAAAAAAUGCAGCAAUAAACAGGGGGCGCGCGAGAGCAUAAAUGACCCGAAGAGCUCAUAGAUUGAUAGAGAUGACAUCAUUUCUAUAUAUUUACCAAGUAUAGAGCGGCGGCACCGACAUACAAUGGUGCGGUCUGUAUGCGCGGCGCAGCAUUAUUCGUGGUGUUUGUUAGCCGUUUGCACUUGUUGUGUUCGACUCUGCUCUGAACUCUCGCAAUCGUGUCAGAUUGCGUUAAACUGGCUAGAUAAUCGAAUCUGAUCUGUGGUUAGAAGUAGACACGCGUAAACGUUACAAAAAUAAAAAAAAAACGCCCGUAACACUCAUCCAUAGGGCUGGGCAAGGGCUGGGUCAACACCUCGGUUCCGUAGCAUCGUCAAGUGCAGAAAUCAAGAUGGCAACCGAAACCGAGACGGCAGCGAUUCAUACAAAUGGUGGCCUGGAAACGGUAUCCGAAGAGGAGGGCACCAAGCCGCGCCCGGCCGACAUUGAGGCGGAUAUGCGAGAGAUGGAGCGCCGCAAGCGGGUGGAGGCGAUCAUGAAUUCGCGCCUGUUCCGCGAGGAACUGGAACGAAUCGUGGACGGUCAGAUGCGCGAAGGUUCGUCGACGAUACUCCAGCAGCUGUCCGACAUCAUGGGCAUGCCGGCCGCCCGUAUCGGUAGCGUAUUCAAAAGCUCGAACUGCGUGGUGCCGAUCAACGAUAUCCGUGGCGUGGAGUCGAUGAGCUACGAGAAGGGUGAGAAGAUAUUGCGCUGCAAGCUGGCCGCCACCUUCCGGCUGAUGGAUCUGUUCGGCUGGACGCAGGGCAUCGCCUGCCAGAUAACGGCCCGUUUGAAUGCCGACCAGGAGCUGUUCCUCGUCAACCCGUACGGUAUGCUGUUUCACGAGAUUACUGCUUCCUCUCUGAACAAGGUGAACAUGCAGGGACAGAUCGUCGAACAUGGAACAACUAACUUUGGCAUCAACACUAGUCAGUUCACCCUCCACUCCGUAAUCCAUGCUGCCAGACCGGAUAUUCGUUGUGCAAUAUAUGUGGCCUACAGUGCCGUAACCGCCGUAUCGGCACUGAAGCAAGGAUUACAGCCGCUCACGAAGCACACUGCCCUCCUGGGAGAAAUAGCCUUCCACACGUAUGCUGGAGCAUUGAACGAACCGGAAGAGAAGGAUAAAUUAUUGCGCAGCCUGGGACCGGUCUCGAAGGUGUUGCUGCUGUCCAACCAUGGCGCAUUGUGCUGCGGUGAAACUAUCGAGGAAGCAUUCUACCAUGUUACCCACAUGGUGCAUGCCUGUGAAGCGCAGCUAAAGCUGUUGCCGGUUGGGUUGGAAAAUUUGAUUUUAAUCCCGGAGGAAACGCGCAAAGCCAUCUACGAUGCUGCACGCAAACCGUCCGGUGAGGGACACGAGGCAGCUGCUGCUCAAACGACGGAUAAUAAGGAAGGACAACUUUCGAAAACCCCGAAGUGGCGCGUUGGUGGUUCCGAGUUUGAAGCCCUCAUGCGAAUGCUCGAUAAUGCCGGUUUCCGUACCGGGUACAUCUUCCGCAAUCCGUUGAUCAAGGGCGAUAUUCCAAAGCCACGCAACGACAUCGAGGUACCACCAGCAGUGUCAUCAUUAGGCUAUUUAAUCGAAGAGGAAGAACUGUUCAAGCAAGGCAUUUGGCGCAAGGGAGAUCCGCGCAAGGUUGGCGAUCGCACCCGUUGGCUGAAUUCGCCCAACGUGUACCAGAAGGUGGAAGUGCUUGAAACCGGUACACCGGACCCGAAGAAGAUUACCAAGUGGGUUGCGGAACCGUCUCCAACGCAUUCGUCGACGCCGGUUAAGAUCGAGCAUGCGCAUCAGUUUGUGCCGACAAACACUAAUCCGAGGGAAUUCAAGAGAAUUCAGCAGCAGAUUAAAGAUAACCGUCGCGCAGAUAAAAUAUCGGCUGGACCACAGUCGCACAUUCUGGAGGGUGUCUCGUGGGAUGAGGCAAACCGGCUGAAGGAUGCAAACGUGUCUGCUGCUGGAGAUCACGUCGUACUGAUGGGUGCCGCCUCCAAGGGUAUUAUUCAGCGCGGUUAUCAGCACAAUGCCACGGUUUACAAGGCACCGUACGCAAAAAAUCCAUUCGAUUCCGUAACAGACGACGAACUGAACGAAUACAAAAAGACGGUCGAAAAGAAACGACACGGUGAUGGCACAGAUACAGAUUUCUCCGAAUCGGAAGCACUUAGCUCGUUGCAGAUUAGUGGCCCGGCCAAGGGCGCAUCACUCGUCAGCCCGCCAAGUCAAUCGGAACAGGAAGACACAACAGCAGAACAUCACGUCCUAAGAAUAGAAACUAAGCAAGCGCCCAAACCAAGCCAGCCAGAGGUUGUACUAAGCGACGGCGAGCAAGUACAAAAUGGCGAACAAUCCGAUGCACAUAUGAGCACCUUUUCGCACAGCAGCAAAGAGUUGCAGGAUAUUUCUACCGAUGGAUCCCCUAAGAAGGACAAGAAGAAGAAGAAGGGUUUAAGGACACCAUCGUUCUUGAAAAAGCGAAAGGACAAGAAGCGCGUCGAAUCCUAAACGCCCGAGCCCCGCAUUGCAAAAUGAAAUGGGAUGCUGUUUGUUUUUCUUCUUCAUGUGAUGAGGCACGUAUUUUUUUUGAAAGGGUGUAUUUCCUAACCCGCGAGAGCAAAGAAAAAAAGAAGUAUAGCAAACGAUCUAGCCACGUGCUCGUCCAAAUUUUUGGAGAAAAUGCAGGCGCGCAGAUAUUCAUCACACGAUUUCCUGAACGACGAGAGCCGAGAACCAACACGACUCGAUUAUACAAAAAAACGCCCAUUAUUAUAUCCCGUAUGUGUAGUAUGUAAGUUUUUUUUGUUUGGCUAGAGAAAGGACAACAAACUCUGCUGUACUUUGUUUGCUUUAGCUUAUUGUUUUCCAUUUUUAAAUUUGCUUUCAACCGUUUUUUGUUCGUUGUAAACUGUUCUCUCCCCUAGUAGAGCAUAGAAUUUAUGCGGAAGAAAAAUGUAUCGCGUCAAACGAAUGCGCGCAAACAGUUAAAUCAGUUUAAUUCUCGAGACAAAUUAUAGUGGGAGGGAGAAGGACACGAUGUAUGCAUAGGACAAAUGCUGAUGGAAACAAUACACAGUAUGAGUUAGUAAGCGUUUAUAAGAGAGAUAUGAAUUGCUAUUUAUGAAUCAGCACGAUUAAACGAUGUUAUGUAUUUAUGUUUUUUUUUGUUCUUUUCCGGGCAAAUAUUGUAAAACCGAAUCGCGCGAUUACAGCAAGGCCAGCAGAACAGACACAAAACAAUGCUGCAGAGCCCGGUUAACUGCAUGGUGGGUGGGAGAUGAUUUAUCAUUGUGUUGAGAAGAGGGGUCGGUUCGAUAACGAAUUUUUGGGGGCAAUGUGUCUAUUCCCGGCAAUGCAAUUGUUGGCCGAUAACGAUACAAAACCAUGCAAGCAAAGUGAGAGGGAAAGCUUUUGUACGUGGUGUUGCUGCUACAUCUCGCUUUCAUCUAUUUCAUCCCCACCCUGCCGUAGACGUAAAUGCGAAAAUGCAAUCGCUGAAAAUGAUAUAUAAUGUUUUUUUUUCUUUCUAUUUUUAUUUAAUUACUUUAUUAUAAUACACAACAUUGAGGUGUGGCGUGCGGAAUAGUGUCCUUGUGUUUUAGGACGUGCAGCUUAUGAACAGGCUGGAACGAAAAAAAAAAAUCAAACAUCCACACGCAACACGGAUACAAUGAUAUUUCCCCGUGCUCGUUGGGCAAUGAGCAAAACCAUAUAGAAGUUGACAAUGAACUUAUACAGCCCGCGCAUUACACAAUGAAUGAAACCGAAACACUCAAAAGCAUGCCAGCUUUCUAUUCGUAAUUGAAUGAUAUAAAAAAGAAACAAACACAGCCGAUAAAUCGAAGUAGAUAUACUGAUGAAAAAAAAACAAACAAAUAACAGAUAGUUAGAACAGAGAGCGAACAGAAAGGAGGAAAUAGAUACAGACAACCAGAUCAUGAUAUGGACAUCACUUGAGCAAACUAAAAUUUUAGUAAGAAAAAUCAAAAUCACCUAUCUUGUAGCUUCUUUCCGUUCCGCAGCUUUACGGAUAUUGUGCAGCAAUAUGUUAAUGCAAUAUGUCGUUUGUUGUCAUCCAACCAACGUUAAUGGUGGACGUUAGUAUGGAACGCAAAUAGCAUACAUCAGUUUCGGAACAUAAUAGAACGAAUAAUUGACGAGGGAUGGAUAGAGUAAAAAACACACAAAAACACGAAAAUCAUAACGAACUAGCUAAGAAAGUGUCAGUUAAACAUGAUAUAUAUCCCCGUCAAAGUUGUUGAAAGUGAUGGUGAACCGAGUAUGAGAAAGAAGAGAAGAUGACGCAUUUGCAUUGCAUGCUACGAUUGCAUAAAUAGCUUUUUACUACCGAUGAA